AUGAGAAGAUGUGGUCCAGCACCAGCCUUGGCUAUCUUCGUCGCUUACGCUCCAACAUCAAGCUACGAAGAAGAAGUGGACGCUUUCUAUAUGGACCUGGAGAAGUUCUACCGAGAAAAUCACGCCUUCUAUAAGGUCAUAAUUGGCGAUUUCAACACCAAAGUUGGCCCAAGAAGAACGCCGGAGGAACUUCACAUCGGUACCCACGACCUACAAUGGAAUGACCAGGGAGAGAGGCUCUCCGAGUUCAUCAUGACGACUAAGACCAUCCAUGGGAACUCGCAAUUUCAGAAGCCCUCUUCUUUACGCUGGACGUGGGAGUCACCCGGUGGAGGGUACCGUAAUGAAAUAGACCAUAUCAUCGUCAAUAGAAGGUUCUGCCUGACGGACGUCGGUGUUGUACCAAAGUUCUAUACGGGAUCAGACCAUCGCCUCCUCCGAGGAAGAUUUUCCUUCACAAGGAGAGCAGAGAAAGCCGCCAAGUUCAGAGAGAGAAAUCCCAGGACUACCAUCAACUGGGAUCUCUUCGCUACGCUAGCCUGCUUUUGGGAAGAUUCUGCAAUGGACAACAUCGACGAGGAAUAUGACCGGCUUGUCGAACACCUUCACGACUGCGCGAAGAAGGCUGAGAGUUUUAAAACCACCAGGAGGCGAUUGUCUCUUGAAACUCUUGAGCUGAUACGCCAGCGUGGAGCAGCACGAGCCGCAGGGAACCAAGAACUCACGUCCGAGCUCGCAAGGCUUUGCCGAGAGGCGAUAAAGGAAGACCUUAAAGAGAGAAGAGCAGAAGUGCUGGCUGAAGCUGCAGAGGCGUGGAAAAGCAUCCGCUAUGCCCGUCGAGACUUCGCCAGUCGCAAGACGAGGAUGACUGCUCUCCAGAACCCAAAGGGAACAGCCAUUGCAUCGAGAAGGGGGGAUGGAGAAAAUCAUCUACGACUUCUACUCUGA